GUCAACUAGAUUAAUUUACCCAUUCACCCUCCAAGUUUCCACUAUUUCGGUUUUCCGCCCCCAUUGAAAAGUAAAAACUGAAUAACGAAUCAAAACCGUGACAUUCAUUUUCCCGUGUUCUUCUUCUUCUUCUUCUUCCUUCUCCUUCGGUGUAAAAACCCUCCGAUUUUUCCAUUUUUUCUAAGAUUUAAUAUAAAUAAUAAAUCGAAUUCUCGCCGUAGCGAAAUUCAAUCCCACGGCGAAGGAAGUUCGUUCGCCGCCGUUCAAUUGCAGAUAAAAAAAAAAAAAAAUUCAGAACAAUAACCAACCCAAUUAGAGUAUGAAGAAAGUAAAGUUUUUCAAGAGCUCGAAGGAUUUGCUUUCACGCGGAUUCAAUGCUUCCAAAUGCAAAACGUCGCUGAAGCUGGGAUCUUCGCGGCUGAAGCUAUUAAGGAACAGGAAAGAAGGGCAAGUGAUCCAGAUUAAGAGGGAAAUAGCACAGUUACUUGAGUCCGGCCAGAUUCCGACGGCUCGGAUUAGAGUUGAACAUGUGACGAGGGAAGAGAAGAUGAUGGCUGCAUAUGACCUUAUUGAGAUAUAUUGCGAACUUAUUGUGGCACGUCUGCCGAUAAUCGAGUCUCAGAAGAUUUGCCCCAUUGACCUGAAGGAAGCAAUUACGAGUGUCGUAUUUGCAUCACCAAGAUGUGGAGAUGUACCUGAACUUCUAGAAAUAAAGAAGCAUUUCACAGAAAAAUAUGGAAAGGAAUUCAUAACUGCAGCUGUAGAACUUCGUCCAAACUGCGGUGUAAGCCGUAUGCUGGUUGAGAAGUUAUCUGCAGUUGCACCUGAUGGACCGACCAAGAUUAAAAUUCUUAGUGAAAUAGCAGAGGAGCACAAUAUCAAGUGGGAUGCUGAGUCAUUUCAAGAGAAAAACUCGGUACCAUCAAAUGACGUGUUGGUAAGUUUAGCUGCUUCGGGAAUUCACUUUAGUAAAUACCUUAAAUAUCAUAGUAAUUUACUCGUUUAUUUGUUCCAUUGUAACCAGACUGGACCAAGUACUUUUGUGAAGGAGAGUGAAAUCCAUAUUGAACCUCCUCCCUAUGAAGCUCCAGUUGUCCAAGCUCCCAAAAAUAACAACAGUUUACAAGGUUCGCCAUUGAGCUUCUCCCCGGUGGUUCAUAGAACCGAAAAGCUCGAUUCUGACCAUAUUUCUGGUGUCAAUACAGCAUCCCAACAAGAAGCAAGGCCUAUAGGUGAUGAGAGGACACAGUCAUUUCACGGAGAGAACAGCAAUAAUCUUUCAAUGGAUAAACGGAAGUGGAGUAUGGGAUUUAAGGAUGCCACCUCUGCUGCACAGGCGGCCGCUGAGUCUGCAGAGCUAGCAAGUAUGGCUGCUAGAGCUGCAGCUGAACUUUCAACCCGUGAAAGGAUUACAAGGCAGUGUUUCUCCGAAUCGCGUGAGUCGGAUGUUCGUGUUCCGAAUGAUGGAAGGCCUGAAAGGUACAUGAAAUCGAAAUUGGACAGUGAAAAAAUUUCUGAAGAUACGAUGGACAGAUCAUCUUACGAACGUACUAGGUCAAGGAAUGAGCAAAAAGAUGAUGAGAUGGAAUCUAACAAUCCAAAGACAAAUCAAAGAUUCAAGGACGAUAGUCGUGGGGGUACGAAGGAAUAUAGCCAAUCAUCUUCUUUAAAAUCUAAAGCUUCAAAAGAUGAUGACUCGUUGAAGGAAGGAUCUAGAGGUGAGACAAGUAUGCAGGGAAAUUCUUUCAAGUAUAAGGCUGAGAAUGCAAAUGGCUGGCCGGAGAUAUCUAAGAAUGUCAGAGAAGAAAGGAUUGAAAAACAAACCAGCGUUAAAUCUUAUAAUUCCGCUUCUAGCAUUUCGGAUGAUGCGAAAACUGCUGGUGUAGUUUUCGACAAAUCUGAUUCAGACAACGACGGUCAUGUGUUUGACACGGGUCCUAAGUACGAUGAACCUGAGUCGAUAUUUAAUUUGCCAUUAUCAGGUCAAAGGUCACGCGAGCACCCCUCGACGAACACUGAUUCUUGGAGUCCUAGAUCUAGCAGAGGCAAAAGGGUGGAGUCUGAUUCUUCAUCACUGUUUCACACUAGAAAGAACUCUUCCGAUUCUUCCGAAAGUUUGAGAUCUAUGGGUGGUCCGAAAUUUGAUAGUUCUAUGCCAGUUACAUUCGAUGAAUUGGAUGGACCUAGUUAUGAAAGUGAGGAGGACAGGCACAUAGGGAUUCACAGACAUCGUCCUAGUAAACACACCGUUGGAUCACAGUUUAAGGAUAAAAUCAGCCAAUCAUCCUUAAAGAAAAACGGGUCUUCAAGAAAUGACCGAAAAGAACUACCACUUCCCUCUGAUGAUGAUUUUCCUAGUGAACACAAGUCUGCUGGAUCGCGGUUUAAGGGUAAAAGCAGACGAUCGGCUGGAUCACCAUUAAAGAAAAAAGGGUCUUCAAGUUCUGACGGAAGAAAACCAUCACUUUCCUCUGACGACGAACUUAAGUUUGAAGAACAAGAGAGGAAAAGAAACCGAGGAAAAAAACCUACUAUCAAUCAGCCAGCUGUUGAACCUCAAAAGAUUAGGACAAAAUUGAAUUACGUUGGUAAUUCCAGUUCUGAGAGUGAGGAGGAGGGGCUGAAGUUUAAAAACAUUAAAGGUGGUCUUCGCCACAGCAGUUAUAACCAUCCCUCUUACACGAAAAACCAAUCUGAUGUGUCAUCGUCCUCCGGUAAGAAAGGUGUAAAGGACACAGCCACUACUGAGAGUCCUGGGUUAAGCUCAAAGUUUGGACAUAAAAAGAGUUCGUGGACAAAAAACCUCCGUUCUGAAUCUGAUAGUGACAGUUCCGAGGAAGAAGAGUAUGUAAGAAAGAGCUCUCAUCGCAAAGAGAAACUGGACACUGUUAGUCCUAGGUUAAGCUCAAAGUUCGAACACAAAAAGAGUUCGAGGACGAAAAAUCUCCCGUCUGAAUCGGGCAGUGACAGUUCCGAGGAAGAAGAUUAUUUAAGAAAUAGCUCUCAUCACAAACAGAAACUCGACACUGUAAGUCCUAGGUUAGGCACAAAGCCCGAACAAAAAAAUAGUUUGCGGAUGAAAAGUCUCCAUUCUGAAUCUGAUAGUGACAGUUCCGAUUAUUUACGAAAGAGCUCGCAUCACAAACAGAAACCGAACACUGUUAGUCCUGUGAAGGAAGUCAAAACGAAGCAACGUUUGGCAUCACCAAAAAAAUCUAUUUACGGUUCUGAUAAAAGUGAUUCGGAUAAGGAUCUUCCAAAAAAGGAGCCACCCCAUACCAGAAUAAAUCGUUUUGCAAGUGGGAUUUCUCGAAGAACAACAAAAGCAUCUCCUUCUAAUACACCGCGCUUUAGGUCAGCAGCACCUGAUUUUGACGAUGACCUGGACAGAAAAUCCCCAUCCUCAAAAAUUGCUGAAAAUCGAAAACAAUCUGAUUUGCAGAGGAACUCGAGUAAUAUAGAUGAUCAGAAGCAGUCCACGUCAGCAAAAGUGGAUUCAAAGCCAGCUAAAUCAAAAUUUUGGAGUCCUCCAGAAAACUCAAACUCAGGAGAAAACCAAGAGCCGAAGACCACUCGAAAACCGUCAGCUUUAGAAAAUUUGUCAGCUUCGAAGCUCCAGCAAAAGCCGGAGAAUGUCACUGUCGAAAAUUUAAAGGUGUCAACUUUAAACAAGACCUCGUCAGAUAAUGACGGUACCCCGAGAGCAAGUCAUGUUCAUCCGAAGCUUCCAGAUUACGAUACUUUUCUACAGUCGUUUACGAAGAACCGUCCUUGACAUGUUAUUACUGUUUGUGAAUAUAUAUAUUGUGCACGUCGUCGUUCGAUUGUUUUGAGGUACAGAGUGUGCUGUAAAUUUCGAGUUUUGUCAAGAAUAUUGUAAAUUUUCAUACAAUACAAGCUUUUACAUGUUUGAUACACUGGCUUUUGCAUGUUAUAGAAACAGCUACAUUUUUUG